AUGCUCUUCUCCUACCUUCUUGCGACGCUUCCCCUUCUGGCUAACGCCGCCCUCACCUACAAGGGUGCGGAUAUCUCGUCUGUCUUCAUUGAAGAAAAGGCCGGCGUUGCCUACAAGAAUUUGGCCGGAGAGACCCAGGCCCUGGAAGCCAUCUUGACUGAUAAUGGAGUCAACUCUAUCCGGCAGCGCGUGUGGGUGAAAAACGGCGACUAUGACCUGACCUACAAUGUCAACCUGGCCAAGCGGGUUGCGGCGACAGGCGCCAGUAUCUACCUGGAUCUCCAUUACAGUGAUGAUUGGGCGGAUCCUAAACAUCAGACCACCCCGGACGGCUGGUCCACAGACGACAUCAACACGCUAGCCGAUCAGAUCUACCAAUACACAUUGAGCGUCUGCAACACCUUCGCGGAGGAAAAGAUCAACGUCGAAAUCGUCUCCAUCGGCAACGAAAUCACCUCCGGCCUCCUCUGGCCGCUCGGCAAGACCCCCAACUACGAGAACAUCGCGCGACUCCUGCACUCCGGCGCCUGGGGCGUAAAGGACUCCAAGCUCGCCACCAAGCCCAAGAUCCUCAUCCACCUCGACAACGGCUGGGACUGGGACCAGCAGAAAUACUUCUACGACACGGCCCUGGGCACGGGUCUCCUCACGUCCGACGACUUCGACAUGAUCGGCGUCUCCUACUACCCCUUCUACAAUGAGAAGGCUACGCUUGCUUCGCUGAAGACUAGUCUCACUAAUAUCCAGACGACGUAUGGUAAGGAGGUUGCGGUGGUCGAGACGAAUUGGCCGGUCAAGUGCUCGAGUCCUGAGUUUGCUUUUCCGGCGGAUCUGAAGGAUAUUCCUUUCUCGGUGGACGGGCAGGUUACUUUCCUGCAGCGGUUGGCGGAGACUCUUACGGCUACGAAGGCCUCGGGGUUCUUUUACUGGGAGCCGGCUUGGACGAAGAAUGCUGGGUUGGGGUCGAGCUGUGAGGAUAAUUUGUUGGUGGAUUAUAAUACUAAUCAGGUGCGGAACAGUGUUAAGGCGUUUGGACAGGUCUGA